AUGAUAUUAGCUAUUGUCACUUUUAAUGGGAAUGACGGGACGAUGCCGUCUGACAAGGCAUCCGGUUCGAAUGAUUGCUUCAACACCUUCUUCAACGAGACGAACUCCGGCAAGAUGGUACCGCGUGCUGUGAUGAUUGAUCUCGAGCCAACUGUCGUCGAUGAAAUUCGGAUGGGAACGUAUAGACAAUUGUAUCACCCAGAACAAUUAAUUACUGGCAAAGAAGAUGCUGCCAAUAAUUAUGCUCGCGGUCAUUAUUCCAUCGGGAGUGAGAUUAUCGAGUCCGUGAUAGACCGAAUACGCAGACUGACCGAUCAAUGCACCGGUCUGCAAGGUUUCUUUGUUUUUCAUUCAUUUGGAGGUGGCACAGGGUCGGGUUUCACUUCUCUGCUUAUGGAAAAGCUGUCUGAUGAUUACGGCAAGAAGAGUAAAUUGGAAUUUGUCAUAUAUCCGGCACCACAAGUAUCUACCGCUGUGGUGGAGCCUUACAAUGCGAUAUUAACAACACACACGACAAUCAGUCACUCUGAUUGCGCAUUUAUGGUGGACAACGAAGCGAUUUAUGAUAUUUGUCGGCGCAAGCUCAGCAUCGAGCGACCUUUGUACGCAAAUCUGAACCGGCUGAUCAGCCAGGUGGUGUCGUCGAUCACAGCAUCCUUGAGAUUCGACGGCGCUCUGAACGUUGACUUGACCGAAUUCCAGACGAAUCUGGUGCCCUACCCCCGCAUACAUUUUCCCUUGGCGACCUAUGCCCCGGUGGUAUCCGCUGAAAAGGCUUACCACGAAGGUAUAUCAGUCGCAGAGAUCACCUCCGAGUGCUUCGAGGCCACAAAUCAGAUGGUCAAGUGCGAUCCACGCGAGGGCAAGUAUAUGGCUUGCUGCCUCCUAUACCGUGGGGACGUCGUGCCAAAAGACGCAAUCGCUGCUGUGAAGGGAAAUAGUUAUAUCCGUUUUGUCGACUGGUGUCCCACAGGUUUCAAAGUUGGAAUCAAUUAUCAACCGCCCACGGCUGUGCCAGGCGGUGAUCUUGCGAAGGUUCAACGAGCUGUCUCUAUGCUAUCUAACACGACGGCUAUAGAAGAAGCGUGGGCUAAGCUUAAUCGCAAAUUCGACCUAAUGUACAACAAGCGGGCAUUUGUUCACUGGUAUAUAGGAGAAGGUAUGGAAGAACUCGAAUUUGCGGAAGCGCGCGAGGAUCUCGCGGCACUUGAGAGGGAUUACGAGGAAGUCGCUCUCGAAUCGCCGUCUACACCGGAUACACCAUUGGAAUAUUAACACAUUUUUUAAGAAUCUUUUGAAAUAGGCCGGUGUAUUCUCUUUUUCGUUACCCGAUAACAAGACGAAAAUUAUAAGAGAAAUAUCACAGCGCUUAUGUUAA